AUGAGAGAGAGAGAGAGAGAGGGAGCAUCAAGUCGCCAGGACAAGCUCUACUGUCAACGCUGUUAAGGUAGGAGCGCAAGCAGCGGGUAAAGGCCACAUUCCGCGUAAAAUAAUGGAUGGGACAAAGCCGGUCAUGGAGUCCAAUGCUGAGGAGACUCAGGACGAGGGACAGGAGAGCAAAGGAUGUUUCGAGUGCUGCAUCAAGUGUUUGGGCGGGGUGCCCUAUGCCUCGCUGGUGGCCACCAUCCUCUGCUUUUUAGGUGUGUCCCUGUUUUGCGGCUGUGGGCAUGUUGCGCUUACAAGCACCCUGACCAUGCUGGAGAACCAUUUCUCUACGAUCACCACUGACCACGCCACCCUCGCUGCAGUGAUCCAGAUCUUUCAGUAUAUCAUUUACGGCAUCGCCUCUUUCUUCUUGGUCUACGCCAUCCUCCUGCUGGGGGAGGGUUUUUACACCACCAGCACCAUCAAGAAGGAGCUGCAGAGUGACUUUAAGACAACUAUCUGCGGACGUUGCAUCACUGCCUUUUUCAUGUUCCUGACCUACGUCUUCACUCUGGCUUUCAUCGCCAUCUUCUGCUUCACGACGAUUCCGGUUUUCCUCUUCUUUAACAUGUCGAAUACCUGCGCUGCCAUGAAAUCUCCGGACUCCAACAUCACGUCUCCUGACUCCAUCUGUGUGGAUGUCAGGCAAUACGGCAUUAUUCCCUUGAACGCAACACCUGGGAAAGCUUGCGGAAACACGCUGACAGAUAUCUGCAUUACCAGCGAGUUCUACCUGUCCUUCCACCUCUACAUUGUGGCGUUAGCCGGUGCCGGAGCCACCGUCAUUGCAUUGAUCCACUACCUGAUGAUUUUAGCGGCUAAUUGGGCCUAUCUGAAGACUGCAGCUUCCACGCAUGACUACCAGGACAUCAAGACCAAGGAUGACCAGGACCUGGAGGCCGAGGCGCGCUCCAAGGAUGGCCAGAACUCCUCCUCCUACUCUUAAGGACAAAGCGUCCUCUUUUGCCAUUGUUCAUCUUUUCUCCAAAUCUUAAACCCAUCCUGCAACAACCUAGUGCCCACCCCCCUUCCCCCUUCCGACAAAACAAACCACCUCGGUCAUGUUCGGCAGCCCCCAAAUCUCCUGAUUCUCCAUCCUCUUCGCUUUACCCAGAUUGUUUUUUUUUUUCGUUCUGCUUUGAGACGUAGAGUGCGUUCUCACACUUAAGGGGAAGAGGAUAGAGGGUCAGGAGGAGCGGCAGGCCCAGACGGAGGCGGGUGCUUCAGAACGGCAAAGCUCGCCCCGCGCCGGGGGGUCGAGCUCAGGUACAGUACAUCGGUUUUAGAAGCGCCUCUUCCUCCCCCUCCCUGUGCUUUUGGGCGGCGGCUCGUGAACGUGGCCCGGCUGUGAUGGCCUCGCGCCCUGAGCCAGCACAGCCUCUCAAACACAUAGCUCGUAUAGAAAAGAAAAAAAAAAAAAAAGAAUAAAAAAAAAGAAAAACAAUGUUCACUGUGUGUGCUUCAAUCACUGGGAAGCACCACAGCAACCAAGCUCUUCUGUUUUUUGGUGUUUUAUAUGCAUAUAUAUAUAUAUAUGAAUAUGAAUAUAUUGUGCGAAUGUGUGUGAAUGUUGUUCUUUUUUUUAAUACUCUGAAAAAGUAUGCCAGGUAUUGUUACAAUCCCUAUGGAUUUUUUUUGGGCUCAUAGGUUUUUUCUCUUUUCUCCUUUAAGUUUUUUUUUUUUUUUUCCCUCACCUUUGACUUUUUAUUGCUUUUGCUCCUAACGUUAUUGCACUAUUCAAAAAUGAAUAAAUGGGGGAGACUAUGAUCCCUUCAACAAAAUAAACCCUCCUUUUUUUUUCCCCCUCCAAGAAUGAAUAAUUCAAAGAAUGAAUAAAUAAGGUAAUACCUCGAUGAUUACUCUUCCUUUGCAUAAUUAUAUUUUACCUCUAACUUUCUUUUAGGAGUUUAGAAAAAUGUGUUUGUUUGCUCCCACGUCAUGCAUUAGAUGCUUUUUUGCUAGGAGGUCAUAGAAAUCCUCAUAUCCAAAUGUGCAAGAAUCCAAGUAACCACACCAAAUGUUACUGAAGACUUUCCAAGUUUUUCUUAUCUUUUUGCUACAUUUAUCACCAGCUGAAAUAAAAGUCAAUGACAGCGCCCUCUACAGUUACUUGCACCAGUGGUUGAAAUGCGUGAAAUAUCUUAAACAAGACAUUUAUAUAGUAGUCAAACACUAUUGUAUGGUGGUGGCAGCAUCAUGCUGUGGGGACGAAGUUCCUCCAGUCAUAGAGAGCUAGCGUUGGUAGGUGGAUCUAGGGCAAUCCUGGAAGACUUCUCGGUUCUAAUUUAACCCAGAUAUUAGAUUUUAUAUACCAUUUCGUUGUCACUGUUUCAAAGUGGACAAAAAAAAAACACGGUUCUUGUUCAAAUUCAGUUUUAAAUAAUUUAGCUUUUAACCAGGAGCUAUUUUUAUUUGUUGCCAUUUUAGGAUUUAUCAAACUCCACACAUAGCUGAUUUAAUUAAAUAAUAGUUUCAGUUGUCUUCACUAUUUAAAAGAGUGCCUAACACAAACAGGCAUCAUUGUCAUGGCUUAUUUUUAAUGUUCAAAAUGUCAUUUACCAGUAAUUUGGGACCCUUAGAAGUAUAUUGUGACCAAAGUAGAACAUUACAUUUUAAGAACUGUUCCCCCCCCCUCUCCUUCUGUGGCUUAACAGAAAAUGUUUGUUAGCAAAACAAAAAAAAAGCGAUCCCAGAAUAAUAUUGAAUCCAAUUUUUUGCUUGGUUAUAAAAUCAUCUGAUAAUCUCUAUUUUAGCUUAAUCUCCAUCUUGAUUUUUUUUUUUUUUUUUUUUUGGCAUGCAAAUAUAUUAAAUCUGAUCAUUUUUGACUGUGGAACAAAGUUCCUAGACAAUUAAUACCCACAUUCCUUUUAAAUAAAUAAAAAUGUUUUUGUUAUAUUUAGCUGGAAUUGUUAAGAAUGCCACUAAUUACAGACUGGUGGAUUUUGUAUUUUAAAACAAAGAAAACAGAAAAAAAAUAUAUUUUUUACAUUUACCUGCUGAAUAAAAGGUGCUCAAAUUAAAAGUUGGAUUUUUCUAAAUUUUCUGCAAUAAAAAAGUCAGUUUUCAUUCCAACAAUUUUAACAAGGGUGUCUUUAAAUGUGGAGGGCGCUGUACAUCUAGGUCUAAAGAGAGACACACACCUCAGGUAUCAAACCAAAUCUGAUUUGGAUUUUAUCUCACAUUAACCGUUCAAACUGACCUAAUUAGUACUCCACCCACCGGUUCCUCUUUUUUUGGGAACAAAACCUGUAAAUAGCAGAAUCACCCUUAAGAACUGAUCCAUCCCCCGAACAAGAACAACACAAUCAGUGUUUUAUUUCAUCCAUUCUCUUUUAUUUUUCUUGAACAAUGUAAACGUACCCUUUGAGAUAUGUGUUUAGCACUCGAAUACUAGUUCUGCAUUUUUGAUAUUCUAAUUGUAAUGUAAGAUCUUCAAUUCUGUGUGGUGAGAGGGAAACAGUUCAGUCAUGAUAUAUGAUGGGUUUGAGGUGAUUGUGACGUAUACAUCUAAAAAUGUGAAGAUGAAAAACAUGGUUAUUGAUUUUUUUUUUUUCUAUAUUUAUCCAUUUUAGGCAGCUGGGUUCUUGUGGUUUUAACAUUUUAUGAAAAAUGUUUGUGCUUCUUUCUUUUCUAAACGGCCAACGAGUGGCUUAAUUCACUUUUUCUUGUUUUUUUUUUCCCGCUUUAGGAAUACCAUGCCUCUCAUACAAGCCACAAAGACUGUUUUGGAUGUUUACACUGAAUAAAACAAGGCAGGAAUUUUCAUACAUUAAUUUUAUAACCAGAUAUGUUUUGAUAAUCAUGGCCUACACUCUAAAUGAAUCAUAACCGAUUAGGUAACCCUUAAAGAAAUAGCUAAAUAAGACAGAUUUUUGAUGAAAUGAAGCAUGUCAGUAUCGUCCAUGUGCACAGCUGUCUAUUCUGUAUAAAAAAAAAAAAGGACUUUAUUGCCAUGUGUGUUAUGUUGAAUAAAUAUCCGUGCUUUGCCGGCAGGUUGAUGUAAAAAGGCAAACUUAAAUUUCCUAUAAGCCGAUGAUGCGCGUCGGGUUGGUGUCGUUUCCUCGUUAUUUGCAUGAAGGAGACAUGACUGUGUCUUUGCAGUUUUUUCAGGUGAUGUGUAGUCAUUUGUACUGGCAACUAUGGUAGGCCGCAGUGUUUUUUGCCCCCUUCUCCACCCCUGCUCUUUUCUAAAGAACUCCAUUGUACUUUGAUGGCAAUGUAGUCCCUGUAGGUGUUUCAUUAUGGUUCUUUUCUCUUUUUUUUUUAAAGUUGGAAAUAGUUCUAUGACUCCUCUAUGGUGAUUUUUUGUAACCUUCUCUAGUAAAACCGAUAUUUUUUA